AAGGGCCCCAAUGGCUAUCUCGUUCUGUGCCAGUCUUCACACAAAGGGCUCCAUUCCUCUUCCAGCAUAAGUUUGGAGUAUGAAUUGACAAAAUUUCACCAAUAAUUUUGGGCAGAGAGCUCUUCCUAUACGGAUAUUAACGGUUGGGAAAAGGCGUUCCCGUGGGGUGCAACUCCUAGUCGAUGAGUACAUCGGAAAACUCAAGAACUAUUGCAUUGUUGAUGAUGUUCAAAUACGUUCCAAUCCUUGAAAUGCACGUGAUGUGAAGGCUCAGGUCGAUGACAAGGACGCGGCUGUCAUGAACCUUAUCAGGUCUGACGACUGGGUACAGUCUCAAGCAAAAUUGAACAAUAUAAAUUGCAUGGAGUGACUUCAACCUGCCUGUUAUGUUGUGAUGUUGGAUGAGAAUGGACAAGAACAUUGGGUCUGAGCAGAUGGCUGAGUUAGUGGGGGAUGCCGGGAAUACAGCGGCAUGUAAAUUAAGGGCACUUAAAGCAUGGUGCUCCAUCCAUGAAUCCAGUAUCUUUUGGUGUACUUGGAACCAACUUCAAAGAAGAGUGACUUAGUGUCACUAAAAUGUCCUUUAUUGGCCAAUGAUCUGUCUGGAAUGUAUACAUGACAAAGUAGACCAUGUACUGGUUCUUUAUUCAGCAAAGCUAUUCUCUCAUUGCUGAAUUCUUGGGGGCAAAAAAAAGGAGGGAGCUUCUAGAUUAUCACUCUGCAUAGGAGUACCCUAUGGUCAUGGACGACAAUUGCGUGAGCGAGCUAACUUAUCAAUCAGGUUGUCUACUUUGGUCUUGAAUCAUCAGAUUGCAUUGCUUGUGCUGAUGGAACAGCUAUACAGGUCAUGGACUAUUCUGAAAGGACAAAAGUACCAUCAUUGACAUUCGUUCUUAUGAUCUGAAUCAUGUCUAAUAGAUCAUCAUAGGGUAUCAUGGAGCCACGUUAUACAAAAGUUCCAUGCCCUCGUGUCAGUUUCUCAGCUGAUUGAAAUCUCUCUCUCUCUCUCUCUCUACAAAAUCCAAGCUAGGAGUACAUGCAAACAUGGCAAUUCACUGUUCCUCUGUGCCAUCUCUUUCCCUGAAAAAGCUCACAAUCCCGCCAAAACCAAUUGCUUCACUAUUCAAGACCAUGAAUCAAAGCUCAAACUCUAAGUUGAGACCGUCGGCUUCUUCUACUGCCACGAUCCACCAGGUCCCGGGCCUAGACCCCGACGAAGUGGACCACAUUUCCGACCAAACCUUUCAAAGGUACUCCUCGUCGUCUUCGAGGACCGGCCGAGGAGGAUUAGGGACCGCCGUAGUUUGGUUCAGGAACGAUCUGAGAGUGUUGGACAAUGAGGCUUUGUACAAGGCGUGGGUUUCGCCCGAGAUGGUAUUGCCGGUUUAUUGUGUCGAUCCUCGGCUUUUCGGCACCACCUAUUACUUCGGAUUCCCUAAAACUGGAGCAUUGAGAGCGCAAUUUCUUGUUGAAUGUUUGGCUGACAUGAAAAAGAAUUUGAUAAAGCGCGGCCUGAAUUUGCUUAUUCGACAUGGAAAACCUGAGGAAAUUCUCCCUUCUCUCGCAGAAGCUUUUGGAGCACACACAGUAUAUGCCCACAAAGAAACCUGCAGUGAGGAGCUGAAGGUCGAAAGAUUGGUCGGCAAAGCUCUUUGGCGAGUUGUGCUACAACCAUCUUUGCGGUCGAGUAAUACUCAAAACCCUAAGCUACAGCUUAUUUGGGGUACCACCAUGUACCACAUUGAUGACCUCCCAUUUGAUACCAGCUGUUUACCGGAUGUGUAUACUCAGUUUCGUAAGUUUGUUGAAGCCAAAUGCACUAUCCGGGGCUGCAUUAAAACUCCAACAUUUCUUGGGCCACCACCAAGUGUCGGCGAUUGGGGAUGUGCUCCUUCAGUGGACCAGCUUGGAGUCCACUUACAUAAUGUUAGCAAAGGAAUGAAGUUUGUGGGGGGUGAAAGUGCUGCACUGGGCAGGGUAAACGAAUACUUAUGGAAGAAGGACUUUCUAAGGAUAUACAAAGAUACCAGAAAUGGGAUGUUAGGACCUGAUUAUUCAACAAAAUUCUCUCCAUGGCUUGCUUUAGGAAGCCUCUCUCCUCGCUUCAUAUAUGAAGAGGUGAAGAGAUAUGAACAGGAAAGGCAAGCAAAUAAUUCCACAUACUGGGUUUUGUUCGAAUUGAUAUGGAGAGAUUACUUCAGGUUUCUAUCAGUCAAAUAUGGGAAUUCCCUUUUCCAUAUAGGUGGUCCAAGAAAAGUGGAGCAUGAAUGGAGCCAUGAAAAGAAUUUGUUUGAAUCCUGGAGAGACGGCCGUACGGGGUACCCUCUCAUAGAUGCAAACAUGAAAGAACUAUCAACCACUGGGUUCAUGUCAAACCGAGGACGUCAAAUAGUAUGUUCCUUUCUUGUUUGUGAUAUGGGUAUUGAUUGGCGUAUGGGAGCUGAAUGGUUUGAGACAUGCCUUUUGGAUUAUGACCCACGUUCCAAUUAUGGAAAUUGGACAUAUGGAGCAGGGGUUGGGAAUGACCCUAGAGAAGAUCGCUACUUCAGCAUCCCAAAGCAAGCACAGACAUAUGAUCCUGAAGGCGAGUAUGUGGUGUACUGGUUGCCACAGUUACGAGCACUUCCUAAUGAUAAAAGGAACUUUCCUGGAAAAUCAUAUAUUGAGCAAGUUGUACCACUCAAGUUCAAUAGUGUUGGUAAGCACCAUGGUCAGAGUAUGGGCUUGGGUGCAAGAAAAACCGGUUUCGGAGGGAGACAAACAAGGGGGUGUGGGAGAUAGAACUUCAAAAAUAAGAUAAAGCACGGCAUUCUUCUAAAUUAUAAGUAGUGAGGAAUGGUUUUUCAGUACUCUUGUUUCCCUGAAUAUGUUUGAAUCUUUUAACCUCAACAAUGUAGGAAAAUUGUGAGCAUCCAAACCCAUGAGUGAAAAAUGUAGACAAGUUGAUUUGACAGGCAAACCUUGGAAGCUCAUAUAAAAUGCAAAUAAAUGAGUCUAUUGUGUUGAAGAUAAA